UGUUUCUCUUGCUCUCUGGUGACAUCUGGCGGUCAGAGUGGCCGAUCUUCUCCUUCCGCUCCAACCCGGAGGAUUUGAAGAGAGCCAGAAACUCCCGGGAGGAAACGGGAUCUCUUGUCUGUCAUCCAUGCAUUAGUCAUCUCGGGGAGCCACAGUUGUCUUGAUUACCAUCUCCUGAUUCAGUGGCCUCUCGUUCCUCUGCCAGUCAGGCGCGCAAAAGUCAGGACUGAGUCAGUUGAUCCGUGUGCACCAAGCGGUAACCGAACCUGGCCCAGUUGGGUCCGCGAGAAUGCAGAACAAGAUGCGGGGAGCGGAUAUGAAGCGGUGCUGAGGUUCUAAAAUGGCAGCUAGGAUGGCUGACCGAUCAAUGAGCGUUUUUAUAAGUGAAGAGACAUGAAAAUAUUCUUGUCAAAGCUACAAACAUUCAUAUUGAUUUGGUUUUCUUCCAGGAAAACCCUUAAUGAAGCUGUUGUUCGUUUGGGGACAAUAAAAACAAACUUUUCAUCGAAUGAAACGUCUCGUUGCUCCCGCUGCUUUUUCACUGUCGCGUGACCCGCCGGCGCUUACUUCCGCCCCUCGCGGGGAGUCCGCUUGUGCGGCGUCACGUUGCCAUGGUGAGCAUUCUUUGUUUUCCUCCCCCACAAAAGCACAACCUUCCCCCCUCACACCAAGUGAAAGGUUGUGCUUUCAGGUUUGUAUAGAAGCGUUUUUGAAGGAAGACUGGGAACCAGUGUGGCUUGUCGAUGAGCAGACAGAGGUUUUCUGAGGCAGCAGAGACCAGCUAACCCGUCUGCUGUCUGUUCGCCCUGUUUACAGGCUCUCAGGGACGCCAGAAUGAGCUGGUCGGUGGCAACGGGCCGUCUGCAGGUCCUCCAGAUCUACCGCCUGCUGCAGUGGAUCCACAAAGGAGAGAAGGAGGAGAUCCAGAAGAUGGUGAAGCUCGGGGUGAAGAACCUCAUCAACCUCACCGAGCCACAGGAAGGCCUGGGGGUGCUCCACCUGGCGGUUUCAGCCAACAACAGCGACCUGGUUGAGUUUCUCCUCUCCCUCGGAGCACAUCCUGACGUCCAAGACAAGAUGGGCCGCACGCCCGCCAUGCUCGCAGCUGAGCUGGGGAACCAGGAGAUUUUAUCGCUGCUCUUCCAGAAGCAGCCUGACAUGACCCUAACGGACGUGCAGGGCAAAGGCGUGCUAUUCUACUGCAGCUACCCCACCAAGCGCCACGCCCGCUGCCUAGAGCAGGCGCUGAAGAACGGGGCCGAUCCCAACAACAUCUCUAGUAGCGGGGUUCACGUUCUAAGCAUGAUGUGUGAGAAAGCUAAUGAGUGCACCCCCUUGUGUCUCACCCUGCUGGAUUCUGGUGCAGACCCCAACGCGGCCAAUGAGACAACAGGCGUGACGGCGCUGAUGGAGGCUGCCAGGACGGGCUCCCUGCCAGUUCUUCGGCAGAUCCUCAGGAAAGGUGGAGAUCCGAACACCCUGGACAAAAACGGUUACAACGCAGUGCACUACGCCGCCCUGAGUGGCUGUUUUGAGGUAAUCAUGGUGCUGUCAGGAUUUGCAGCAGAUAUGAGUGUGAUUAACAAGGAAAGCUCUACGCCCUUACACUACGCUGCCGCCGCAGGCAGUGUCCCGUCCUGCAAGUUCCUUGCUCAGAGAGGUUGUAACCCCAAAGUGAAGAACAAGGAAGGUUUGCUGGCACGUCAGAUUGCCAAAGACUGCGGACUCAAGGCAGCGAUCAAGGAGCUGAAGAAAGCAGAGAGGGCAUUUGGGAAAACCAAAAAAUCCACUGGUGGCGGCAUGACGUCAGAUCUCUGGGCCCUGAUCUUUCACGAUUGGUCAAACGAGUACCAGGCUGAAUUAGUGGAAGCCUUUAAGGAACAAUUUGGCUUUGCUAAUUUAGAAACCUUCAAGUCUGUGUUAGAGAACCUGGGCGCUCCGGUUGAACCAGACCAAGUGGAGAUGGUCUUCUCAGCACAUGACAAGAAGGGAGAGGGCCUGAUCAACGUGAAUGACUUCAUCAAAGGCACCAAGUACAUCAAGAAACCCUUCCGUCUCACUGUGUACACGACUCAGAAGAAGAAGAAAGAAAAGGGGCCUAAGAUGAAGAAGAAGAAGAAAGGCCCAUUUGUCCUUCCCAUACCCAUUUGCACCCUUGUGCCGGAGCUCAAGCCCCGACGGCCUGAUGGCGGCCCGCCUAACUUUAUGAUUGAGAAGUACCACAACUUGACAGACGUUCGCCGCUUCGACGACGAGCACCCGCCGGUUCACCCCAUAGUCAACGACUCAUGGUGGUACAUAGAGAAGCCAAACAAAGUUUACAUCAACAUGAACUACUGUGUGAGGAACGGAGAUUUGGAGUCUCUGGACCUCGCCUUCAACGACGGCGUACCUGUGGACACUCAGGAUGAAUUUUACAAGACCCCGCUGAUGGAGGCAUGCAUCAGCGGCAACUGCGAGUUGGUCAAGUACCUUCUAGAAAAGGGGGCUGAUGUGAACAUAUGCGACCAGUUCUUCUGGACGGCGCUCCACCACGCGGCCAACGGGGGAUAUUUGGAAAUCGUGGAGCUUUUGGUGAAUGCCGGGGCCAACGUCAACGCAAAGGCCCUCAACGACGGCACGCCGCUCAUGAGAGCCAUCGAGAGCUCCAGCUUCUCCUGCGUGGAAUUUCUCAUCAAUGCCGGGGCCAAAGUCGAUUCAGAGACCAAGAAAGGAGUGACCUGCCUUGAUGUGGCCAGACACUUUGGAGAAACCGAUAUAGAGAGCCUGGUCCAGGAAAAGGUGGCUGCUGCAGGGAGUGCUGUGCGGAGAAAGACUUUGACUGGGACAUCAGGGAGGACGCCCACACAGAAGAACUCCAAAAGCAUCGUCCUCCAUAACAGCAGGAUCACCGCAGGACAAACCAACACAGCAGAUAUUAGCUUUGUGCCAAAAACAAUUUGGGGUGAACCGCCCACCACCAGCCAGCUGAUGUCAAACAUAGCAAGUCGGAAGAGUCGCAUAACCCUGGAGGUGGACUUCGACGACUUGUUGAUCCCUUUCAGCCAGCGCUUCCAGAGAAGGAUCCUGGAGAUAACCAAGCCAAAGACCAAACUGGAGGAAAGCCAGAGACAGAGACAAGUCUCCUAAUUAUGUUACUCUGCUUAUGUUGUCAUCAUCGUUGCCUUAUUAUUAUUGUUAUUAUUAUUGUUUUUGACAGCUAAUAUGAAAAACGACAUUCAGCAGUUGUUGUUUUUUUGUUUUUUUUUUUACCAACAACUGAAUCAAAUAUA